AUGGCCUCACAGGCCAAGUCAUGCUACGUUCUCUUCACUAUACACCUUGAGAUUGCAUACUCGGCCUUCAAUAUGCGGGGUCGGCAGAAACUUUUCACCUUCAUUGCAAAUGAUCCAGUAGGUCUUCCCCAGAACCGCAAAGGAACCCACCGAGCAUGUGCACAUUGUCGCAAGCGCAAGCGGCGCUGCAACCACGGACCGAAUGCCUCUCGGCAUCCCGAGACUCAACCUGGAGAUACCCGAAUCAUUGACACGGUAUCUCCGCCGAGUGUGCAUGAAGAAAGAGUAUCCACGAGCCCUGGUUGCACUACUUCGGCUGUGCAACAUAUUACCCAGCCACAUGCUCCAGGGUCUCGUAUAGAUAGUGAGUCUUGGUUCGUCGGUGAAAUGGAUCCGGCAAGUGCAUUUUGGACUGCAGCAGGCUCUUCAAGUCCCAGUCCACUUCGACGGCAUGAUGUUGGCAUCUGGCUAUCACCUGAUAAGACAUGCUCGGAGCUUGCAGCCAAGAAGCCUAAAUCAGGUGCAUCCAAUUUCAAGCCUCUCAUAUCGACUAGUCUCCUCCCUUAUCUGCAAGGAAAUUGUUCCAUUCUUCCAUCUCCUGGUAAUGUGGAAGGGCUUCUUCGGAUCUAUCUCGACAACAUCCAUCCCAUUUUCCCGGUCCUGGACUAUGAUGCAUAUCGAAUGAUGCCGAGUUCAUCCUCGAACAAAAUUCUUCUGUCGCAGUCAAUAUGUCUUGCUGCCAGUUUAGAUCGAAAAGCGAAAAGAUUUCUCAACAUACCCCCAGGUAGCACCUCGCGAAGUGAUUUUUCUCUGAGUCUUGCGGAUGCAAUCAACACCUCAAUAGCAUUGGAAUUAGUGAAAGACAAGUUGGUUUUGAUUCAAGCCUUGUCUUUAACUUCACUGUUCACACAGUUCUCAGGACAUCGACAAGAGUCAGCUGAACUUUUGUAUCGCGCCAUUUGUCAUGCGCAUACCAUUGGCUUGCACCAUCCCUCCCAGCCAGUGACCCAACACGAGCACAUCUACAACCGAAUGUUCUGCUGCCUCUAUGCUCUUGAUAUGUUGAACGCUGCAUGUCUAGGUAGGCCCGUUCAGUUGCAUCGACGAGACUUUGGUCGUGAUCUUCCAUCGUCGAUAGCAGCACAGGAAGGCUGUUUCCAGCUUUUCCUACGUACAAUCGUUCUAAUGGAACGAGUGAUCGAAAUAUACCGACCUGCCGAAAUUGGAAUCUGGAAUGGGCCAUUUCCGUCAUUCGAAGAUUUAUUGCAGGAGGUCGGGACGUCCGGUACCCCCGUACACUUAAUCGGUAAUUCUAAUCCCAUUGAGAGGUUGACCAAACGCUGA